AUGGGACAAAAGAGAGGUCGCGACUCAAAGGCCCAGGGGCUGGAGUCCAAGAAGCGCAAGAAGGCCGCGAAAUCUGGCCCAGUCUCGGACGACAGUUCCUGGGACGGCGUUGUCGGUAUUGACGACCUCAACUGGACGGAAGUUGCUCUGCCCGAUCGAUUGGAAGAUGCGACUGGAUUCCUUGGAUUGGAGGAGAUUGAUGGAGUAGACAUCGUCCGGUCUUCAGGUGGGGGAGAGGUUCAGUUCAAGGCCAAAGAAGGAGCAAAUAGAAAGUCGAUCUUGAAGAAGCCAUCCGCCGAGGACGACGGUGAAGAAUGGGGUGGUAUCAGCGAUGGUGAAUCGAAUGAGAAGCCCACUGCCGUCCCAGCCGCCGAAGCCCAGCCAGCGAAGGAUGAGAAGAAAACGAAAAACAAAAAGGAGAAGAAAGCCAAGGAGGUCAAGGCCAAGGAAGCACAGCCCAAACGGGAUCCGAACCUGAAGGCUGGUCUUUCCUUUGCGGCGCUCGAAGAGGCUGGCGAAGACGACGGCGUGGACGUGUCUGCAUGGGAUAAACUCGGUCUCUCUCCAGAGAUUCUUACAAGUCUCUCUAAGCUCACAUUUUCUACACCUACUACUGUGCAGAAGUCCUGUAUUCCUGCGAUUCUGGAUGGUCACGACGUGGUUGGUAAGGCUUCGACGGGUUCCGGUAAAACACUGGCAUUCGGCAUCCCAAUCCUUGAGCAUUACUUGGAGAAGCGAGGAAAGAAAGAAGACGAGAGCGAGAAGCCCAAGUCUGACCCAAUGGCACUUAUUCUGUCACCUACACGAGAACUGGCGCAUCAAUUGGCGAAGCACAUUGGAGACCUGAUCACAAAUGCCCCAGAUGCCGAUGCACGAAUUGCUCUUUUGACCGGUGGCUUGUCCAUCCAAAAACAGCAGAGACAGCUUGCGAACGCUGAUAUCGUGAUUGGUACUCCAGGUCGUGUGUGGGAGAUUCUGAGCACUGGUUCUGGCCUCAUCCGCAAAAUGCAGGGCAUUAAAUUCCUGGUUGUUGAUGAGGCCGACCGUCUGCUCAGCGAGGGUCAUUUCAAGGAGGUGGAAGAGAUUUUGGGUGCGUUGGACCGCAAGGAACAGGGCGAUUUCCCCGAUAUGGAUGAAGAAGAGGAGGCCGCGGAAGAAGAGCCGAGUGUUCGCCAGACCCUUGUGUUCUCUGCUACUUUCCACCGGGACUUGCAACAAAAGUUGGCCGGCAAGAGCCGUUGGACCGGAGGUGAUCUGAUGGAUAAGAAGGAGUCCAUGGAAUAUCUUCUCAAGAAGCUGAACUUCCGGGAAGAGAAGCCAAAGUUCAUUGACGUCAACCCUGUUCAGCAAAUGGCCGAGGGUCUCAAGGAAGGAAUUGUUGAAUGUCCCGCCAUGGAGAAGGAUCUCUACCUAUACUCUCUACUACUCUAUUACCCCAAGCACCGGACGCUUGUUUUCACCAACUCCAUCUCCGCAGUCCGUCGUCUUACUCAAUUACUGCAAAACUUGCAACUCCCCGCCCUCGCCCUUCACUCAUCCAUGGCCCAGAAAGCCCGUCUCCGCUCUGUAGAGCGAUUCUCAUCACCAACGUCAGACCCCAGCUCUAUUCUCGUUGCCACCGACGUGGCGGCACGUGGUUUGGAUAUCAAGGGUAUUGACUGCGUUAUUCACUACCACGCACCUCGCACGGCAGACACCUACGUCCACCGAUCUGGACGUACUGCUCGUGCUGGUGCUGUCGGCAAGAGUGUUAUUAUCUGUGCUCCAGAAGAGGUUGUCAGCGUGGCCCGUCUGGCCGCCAAGGUUCACGCCCAAAAUGGCAAGAAGGGACCUGUCAAGAAGCUGCCUCUGGAAUCCCUCGAUAUCGAUCGCCGAGUUGUGUCUCGCGUGCGUACCCGUAUUGAGCUCGCGAAGAAGAUUACCGACUCAACCAUCGCUAAAGAGAAGAUUUCCGCCGAAGAUAAUUGGCUCCGUGCCGCAGCCGAGGACCUCGGUGUCGAUUAUGACAGUGAAGAAUUUGAUGAGUCCCAGGGCAAGGGCCGUGGUCGUGGUGGUGGACGCCAUCAGAAGGAAAAGCAGGCUAGUAGCAUCACCAAGGGUGAACUAGCUGGGCUUCGUGCCGAGUUGAAGAAUCAACUCUCUCAGCGCGUGAAUAUCGGUGUUAGUGAGCGGUAUCUUACCGCUGGACGUAUUGAUAUUGAGGCACUCCUGCGGGGCGAGGGUAAUAACUCCUUCCUGGGACACCUGGAUCCAUUGGAUUUCUAG